AUGACGAGACUGCCAAUCCUGCUGCUCCUCUCUGGGCUUGUAACGCUGGCAUGGAGCCUGGAAGAGUCGCCGAGACGUCGAACUCCUCUGGGUGCUGUCAAGGGAUAUUAUGAAGUGUCUGCUGAUGGAAGACAGUACGAAGCCUACGUGGGAAUCCCUUACGCCCUUCCUCCAACUGGCAAACUUCGGUUCAAGCCUCCUCAACGGCUGCCACCAUGGAUGGGCGAACUCCCGGCGAACAAAUUUGGCUCUCCCUGCUUGCAAUACAACCAAGAGUCUUCUGAUCCAAAUAAGAAAGUCGAAGGUGCUGAAGACUGCCUUUAUUUAAACAUUUAUGUACCAGCAGAUGUCAAGGAAUCCUCUAAACCAUUGCCGGUGAUCUUUUGGAUUCAUGGAGGAGCCUUUCAGUACGGUUCCGGCAUGUCCAUGGGUGCUAAAUACCUUAUGGACCGUGAUGUUGUAUUUGUUACGUUCAACUAUCGUCUUGGAAUAUUAGGAUUCCUUAGCACCGAAGACGAAGUAGUCCCUGGUAAUAUGGGACUGAAAGACCAAAGUAUGGCCCUACGAUGGGUCUCAGAGAAUAUCGAGUGGUUCGGUGGUGAUCCAAAUCGAGUGACCUUGAUUGGUUUAAGCGCUGGUGGUGCGAGCGUUCAUUAUCACUAUUUGUCUCCUAUGAGUGCUGGUCUCUUCCAAGGUGGUAUCUCAAUUAGUGGUACCGCUUUCGACUGUUGGACACAGACAGAAAAUUCUGCACAAAAGGCUAAGCAAGUAGGUGCUCUCAUGGGUUGCCCUACAAAUAAUGUAAGAGAUAUGAUACAUUGUCUCAGAUACCGUCCGGGCAACGUCAUGGUUGAGGCUCUCGGCAAAUUUUUGCGGUUCUAUAACAAUCCAUUCACGCCAUUUGGUCCAGUCCCUGAGAAAUAUGGGGACGAACCAUUCAUUGAUCGAACGCCCGCUGAAAUCGUGAAUAGCGGAGACGUUCAAGAUGUUCCUUGGGUCACUGGAGUGGUAAGCGAAGACGGAUUAUACCCUGUCGCUGAAUUUAUUGCUAAACCAGAAGCUUUGAAAACGUUGGACGAUAACUGGGACCUUCUUGCACCUCAUUUCCUUGAUUACAAUUACACUUCACCCAAAGAGGAACAUGUUAAAGUUGCCAGACUUAUUAAAAAACACUACUUUGGAACAAAGAAAAUAGAAGAAUCAACAAAAUCUUUAAUAAAAUUAUCUAGCGAUAGAUUCUUUGUUACUGACAGUGUAAAAGCUGCUAGAAUGCAGGCCAAAGUUAAUAAGCAACCUGUCUGGUAUUACUAUUUUUCCUACAGAGGUGCGCACAGUUUUAGCGAAGCUUUGAGCGGAACUAGUACUAAUUAUGGUGUGAGUCAUGCAGAUGAUGCAUACUAUGUGGUAGACACAUUUUUCCUUGACCCUACAACAACUCCAAAUGAUCUUAAGAUGCAACAAGUGUUAAUUGAUUUUUGGGUAUCAUUUGUAACUAACAGUGUUCCAAAAGUGGGUACUGUGCAAUGGUCAAGAUUAAAUCCAAAAGAAAAGACCCUUAACUAUGUACACAUUGCUGGACCACAAAACAUUCAUAUGGAAAGUGCUACAAACUUUGGAGACGCAGAGUUUUGGAACUCCCUCAAUUUAAAUGAAAACAAAUUAAAGACUGCAUCUAGUAGAUCAGAAGAACUGUAAUAAUGUUUCAUACUGAUAUCACAAAUUGUACCAAUUUAAUUUAAACCUUCUUUCUUUAUAUUCAUUAUUUUACGACAAAAAUAAAAUAUUUUUCAUAUACUAA